AUGGCCUCCCACGGCGCCAACAAAUACCCCCCAUCCAUCAUCGAAAGAGUGAAUGCAGCACAUCACAACACAGAAACAGACGAGCCAUGCCAAUACAAGUUUGCCGUCAUACACGACGACAACCGCCCCAUGUCCAACCCCGGGGGUGGUGGAAUAUUUGAAGAUCUCGAGGCUGCCAACAACGCGGCAAUGGAUCUGUUCAUGACAGAAGCGUGUGACUGGUUUGAUCAGGUUGAUGGCUGGACCAAUUUCUUUGAAUCAGGAACUGUGGCAGAGUCUCAUACUGCGAAUGCCGAGGAAGACUGUGAAAAUGUGGUUGAAUGGAGUGUGAAUGCGAGGGGACUUUUGAGGUUGACAGCUUGGAGUGAAGAGGGGGAAGAAAUUACCGUUUCUGUGAAUGAUUUUCAAGUUGAUGAGGAGUAA